UGUACAUGUCAAAAUGGCUACCUCGGAAAUGGAACUGACUGUGAAGAUAUCGAUGAAUGUGGUGCGAGUUCUCAUAACUGUCAUCACAACGCCUACCGUAACAAUACUGAUGGUUCUUUCAAUUGUACAUGUAAAAAAGGCUACUCAGGAAAUGGAACAGACUGCCGAGAUAUCGAUGAAUGUGCUGCUAGUUCACAUAAUUGCCAUCAUAACGCCUACUGUAACAAUUCUGAUGGUUCUUUCAAUUGUUCAUGCAAAAGCGGCUACUUCGGAAAUGGAAAUGACUGUGAAGGUUAGCCGUAUGUUAAUAUUACAGAUGACACGAUUCUAA